AUGGACUACGAUACCAGACUCCGAAUUUGCAUUUAUUUAAUAUUAACGGCAAGAAAACAGAAACGCAAGCACUAUUGGGUUCAUCCAUUAACAGCAAUGAGACUUAUGAAGGGCUUUUUCUAUAUGAGAUAUAAUGAUUUACGAAAGUUUCCAAAAAAGUUUUUUGGAUACUACAGAAUGAACAUAACGACCUUUGACAAUUUAAAAACAAUUGUUGGUAACGAAAUCUACUACAAGGAUACGAGUUGGAGAAAUGCGAUAUCAGUGGAGGAAAGGCUUUCAGUUACGUUGAGGUACUUAGCAUCGGGGAACAGCAUCAACUCACUUUAUUAUGAAUAUCUCAUUGGUGCAACUACAAUCCGGGAGAUAGUGGAAGAUACAUGUGAAAAAUUUUGGGAGUGUUUACAACCAAUAUACAUGCAAGAACCUGAUGAAGAUACUUGGAAUACUAUUGCAAAAAAAUUUUAUAAGCGCACAAAUUUUCCCAACUGCUUGGGUAGUGUUGACGGGAAGCACAUUAGGUGUAAAAAACCUGAUAACGCUGGUUCUCAAUAUUUUAAUUACAAACAGUACCACUCAAUAGUAUUGAUGGCGGUAGCCAAUGCAGAUUAUUCUUUUGUGUCAGUGGAUGUUGGAGCUUAUGGUGGGAAUAGUGACUCAAAGAUUUUCAAGAAUUGUAAUUUCGGGAAAAAUCUCGAAAGGACUCAGUUAAACCUUCCAGAGUCAAAAACAUUACCAAAUGAUGAAGAUGGAAAAGUGAUGCCACUAGUUUUUGUUGGAGACGAGGCGUUCGCGCAGUCGGAACAUGUUAUGAGACCAUAUCCAAGACGGAAUCUCACAAUAACUCAAAGAGUUUUUAACUAUAGGCUUACACGAGCGCGAAGAGUGGUAGAGUGCACUUUCGGGAUACUCACCAAUAAGUGGAGAAUUUUGUACCCUGCUCUAGAUGUUAAAACGACUACUUGUGAUAAAAUCGUAAAAGCUUGUUGUAUAUUACACAAUUACGUACGAAAACACGAUGGAGUCAGAUCUAGAGAUGAAUUGUAUGGGACUCAGUUAAUUAGCUUCCGUCGAAACCCCGUCAGGUCAACCAUAAACAGCCUUCAGAAUAGGGAUUAUUUUGCAAAUUAUUUUACUUCAAUUAGAGGUUCUGUCCCAUGGCAAUAUGAUAAAAUAUAA